AAUCCUAUUAACUUUUUAAAAUAAAAUGGCGACUGUUGUUACAGAAAAAGAUCUUAAAGAGGAGUCUAGUUUUGAUCGCCUUUCCGACGAUGUUAUAUUAUUUAUCUUACAGCAUCUCAGUCUUAGAGAUUUCUUUAAUUUGCGUUUCGUUAGCAAACGUUUUGCAGCAAUUUGCAAAGAUAAAUCCUUGGUGCGUCAUCUUCAGUUUUCCAAAAAUUAUUGGCUAACUACAGAUAGAUUCCAAUCUUAUGUCAGACCUGUUGUAGAUAAAAUAGAAACACUGAAUCUCAACUCCUGUUAUUGGCUCAAAGCUGCAGCAGUGGACCUCAUUUCAAAAUGUACAAAUCUUUCAUCACUUCAUCUAACUCAGGUCAAAGUGUCGAUGAAGAAUCUCUGCAACAUCAUGUCUAGCCUACCCAAUCUCGUCAACCUUUCAUUCUCAAUUUCAGACAUUAGGGACCUGCACCCAGAGCUAGCAUCUUCCACAGGUGCACAAGAGUGUUUGGCCAGACUCAUCUCUCUAAGCCUUCACUUUCGCCAUCAACUGGUUUACUCUAACAGACCUGUGAUAAACUUUUGCACUGGGCCUACCUUGUUUGAAUACUGUAGAAAUUUAGAAGAAUUUCAUGUUUAUGGCUUUCCAAGCAAUGCCAGAGGAAUCCCAAAAUACAUUUUCCAACCCCAAAUUUUAAAAUCUGAAAAUUUGAAAAAUGUGAAAGUGAUGACUUUAAAUGAUGCAAUGGAUCCAGCAGCAAGAAUGUUCUUCUUUGGUACUUUAUUAUCAGUGUGCAAAUUAUCUGUAAAAUUUAAAACAUUGCUGCAACCUCUUGGGAAUGUGGAUCAGUUGUGGUCAAUGGAUGGUUAUGCAACAUGUCUACAAAAUAUGGAAGAUCUUGUUCACUUUGAUCCCUCCAGGACAACGUUUCAAAUUCCUAGUGACGUUUUACAUUUUGAAUCAGCACAUAAUUUACAGUAUUUAAACCUAUCUGACAAUGCAGCAGUGACUUCUGAAACUCUUCACCUUUUGGCAGACACUUGUCCCAAAUUGACCAGUUUGAAUCUCCAGAAUUGUAAUUACAUACUUCUUGGACCACUGAAGCAGCAGCAGCAAAACUCAGAGCAGCGCAGGGCAUAUAAUGAUAUUAGUGGUCUUCAGGCCUUGCUAAUGGCAUGUGUGGAACUCCGUAGUUUGAAUAUAAGCGGCAUACAUGUACAUACUCAGGAUCUUAUCUCCACCCCUUACAGUAGUUUAGCAGCUCUCUUGGCCAUGAACAACAAUUGGCAGUGUUUAUCAAUGUCACCUUGCUGUUUAAGUGUGGAACGCAGCUCAAAAAACAAUAAAAGAACUUUUUCCUUGGUUCCUGAAGGGUACUUGGUGAAGAGAAGGAGGAUCGGUACAGGAGCAGCAUGUCAUCAGAGUUUUGCAACAUUUCCAGAUGCAAAUUCUCCUUCAACUUCUCAGGAGGAUCCUUCAGCAUCAUCCUCAUCUCCACCGUCAUCAUCUCCCUCUUCAUCAUCACCAUCUACCACCUUAGAUGAACCAGCAUUUGUGUCAGAGCUCGAGAAACUUGUGCGGAGUUGUCCUUCUAUGGAAAACUUUGAAUUAAAUUGCUCUGGUUUUCGAUCUGCUUUCAACAAAUACUUUGGUGUACACCCAACCACCUGCACAUCCAGCCCUUGUAUGUUUUCGCUGACAGUUGGAGAUCACGAGUUGAUGUGUAUAGGUCGAUGGAAGCAUUUGAAAUCUUUACAACUAACUUCCAUACCAGGUGUGAAUCAGGGUCACUGUCUACUGGCCAUUGCUAAAGGAUGUGUCUCCCUUGAACAACUAUCCAUUGCUUGUCUAGGGCAAAUAGCUCACUGCCUCUACAGAAAUGGAUUGUUGGCAGCUUUUCCAUUUUUUUCAAAACUUAAAGAUUUCAGACUUGAACAUCCUUACAUGAAAGUUGAUGAAAUGAUGUUGACUGCCAUGGCCAAAUGCUCAACUUUAGAGAGAGUUUGUAUAAUAGCUAAAAAUGGGACGAUGGAUACAGAGGGAGUGAAGGAUUUCUUUGAAAAGGUGCAAGGCUUAAUAAACUUUCAACUUUACACUGGAAGAUCUUUAAGUGUUUGCAGAGGUUUACAAGCAUAUUUGAUGAGCAGGUACAAGAAAACUCGUCCUGCUAUUUCUGUAUGUAUACAUCCUCUCUUGAAUGGAGGUCUGCAGGAGGCCACUGCUAUGUUGCCUGACCAACACAUUGAUGAGAUGACCAUACUCAAGUCCAGAGUGUCUAUCCGCCCCCAUGAUGCAUAUUAAAGCUUCCACUGUGUAGUUCUAUAGUUUCUGUGUGUGAUACUGUUGUGUUUAUACUAAUGUAAACAAAGUCUUCUGAAAACAGUAGCUCUAGGAUGUGUUGAUCUGUGCUACAAUUAGGAAGAAGUAGAACUUGAGAUGGCAUUCUAAAAGUCAUGUAAUAAAUCCCUUGUAAAUACUGAGUUUUGGGAUGUCAUAAAAAAGCUGCUGGAAAAUGAGGAGAAACAGUUUCUUAUAUUCUGCAAUUUUGUGUAUCAUAUUGUUAAAUUAUAAAGGCCAUGUAUUUGUACAUAAGGUUAUUACUUUACAUUUAAAUUAUAACACUUAACUUUUCAUCUAGGUAAAUACUGUCUACUAGAUAGCUCCACUAGAAAUAGGACAAAGCAAGCACAUUAGCCACUCUGUUUUAAAAAUAAUUAGCAUUAGUUUUAGUUUGUGACAGAAAUCUUAAAAUCUUGUUUUAAACGUGUACAUUGUCAACUACUAUUUAAAUAUCUUUCAUGAGUCCUAGAAGAACAGACUAAAAUUUACAAGGUUGUUCAUAUUUAAACCCUGUACUAAAUAUGAAUUUAGCAAAUUUCAAAUAUUUACUCUUCACGAAAUGUGCAUCCAUUCUAAAUUGUGUGCUCUUGGCUUGACUUUUAGUAUGGUGGCCAGCACAUAACCAGUAGUCUAGGUCUCUGGCUUUUACCCACAUUACUGCACAAGAGCAGCUAGGUCAACAAGUAUGAACUAUUCCUAUGUAAUUUAUCUCUACAAUAAUAAUUGCUUUUUUAACCAGGUUAGUGAUCUUUUAGCAAUGCAAAAUUUAUGUUAUUUUAUGUGUAUAUUCUGUUGAUAGUUUGAGAGCGAUCCUUUCAGUGAACUAGGACCUCUAGUCGUCAAGAUGGUGGUUAUCCUUCCACUUAUGAAUCACUGCUAGUCUUCAAAAUGAGGAACCUCCAAACUUAUGUUUGCAAGUGUUCAGGAUGGUUAUGAUUGACCAAUGGCUACUAGUUGUCUAGAAAGUUGGACACUUUCUUUAAUCUCCCUGGGUUGAAUGUAAAAACUCAAAGUAGAUACUUGUAGAUUUGUAGUGUCAUUCUACUCUUGUUGAAUUUGUUCCAUGUACUGCUGAUCAUUGUCUAACACUGAAGUCUAGUAUUUAGCUUGUUUUAACAUCUUUUUGUUAUUUUUACUUGCUAUAACCUUCUGACUCACUGUGUCUGUACUUAACUUUUAAGGGCUUGGCAACAUACUGUAUGUGUUAACCUUAUGCUUGCUGCAUACCCCACCUUUUAAACAACAUAGGAAAUUAUGUACUCCAUCUCAAGAUACCCAUUCAUUUAUUGAGGACGUAAUACAAACAAAACAUAAGGAACAUUAUAAACAACUGGAGGAAGUGAUAAAAUGAAAAAUGAUUUCAAAGGCUUAUUUAUUUAGUAAUAUUUUGAUUUGGUUGAUAACUUACCAUUUUAAUAUUAAUGUGUUCCCCCCCCCCCCCCCCC